GUAGCACUGGAAGAAGAAAGAACGCUGGAAAAUAAAUGUAAUUUUAUUCCAUAAUGAAAACAGAGUAAAAGAAAGGGAUAAAUCAACCCAAAUCUAUCAAAACUAUUAGGUAGUUUUGAUUAAGUAAUGGAUGAUCAGUACUACUAUCAACAUUCACCUAAUAAGAAAUUUAAAUCAGAUACUGGUAAUAUGGAUAGUGGAUACUGGGGAAGACCUGGAGCAAGUAGCAUGAAUAAUUACUCAGCUUACAGCUCAUUUUCUAAUUCUACUGGCUCAAACCAAUCUUCUUAUAACUCAACUGGAUGGGGGAGAGGUAAAGGAAGAGGGGGAGGAGGAGGUGGGUCAUCUGGCUAUGGAGGAUUUGGUGGUGGUGGUUCUAAUUAUGGAAUGAGCUCUUCAGGUUAUGGAGACAUGUCCAGUUAUGAACACAAUCAGCCAUCAUCAAGUCAGGUUGAUCAGAUGUUCAAGAAAUUUCGUAAAAUGGAAAUGAUGCAAGAAAUAGCUAAACUGGAAGAAGAGUCUGAAGAAAGUAUGAUGAGACAGAGAAGAAAUAGACCUGGACCAUAUGGUGGAGGUGGGUAUGGGUUCGGUGGUUACAACCGUCCUGAUUCUGGUUUUGGACGUAUGGGCGGAUAUGGUAGAGACUUCAGUUCCUUUGAUUCUGGUAUGGGUUAUAGAAAUGAUGGCUGGGGUGGAUAUGGAAAUGGAUGGGGUGAUAGAAGAGGUAGGGGUGGACGUGGUAGAGGAAUUGAUAGAAGAAGUGGUAAUAACAGAAUAAGUGGUAAUGAUAGAAGAGGUCCUGGAGGUAGAGAGCGUAGGAAGUCUGGUAAAAGAGAAAAUACCAGCACUAAUUCCAGAGAUGGAGAAAGAAAACGAGGCAAAAAACCAAGAUAUAAACCAAUUGAUCCAAAUAAACCUAUGGAUGAAGAAUCAAGAGAUAAAAGGUUAAUGACCCUUAUAGAAAAGAUAAAAACUUUUGAAGAUAGAUCAAUUGCAAUUUAUACUUUAGAAGACUGUGUAACUAAAUUUAAAUUAGAUAUUGACAUUUUCUUUUAUCGAAAGACAUCCUGUGUAUUUCUCGAUAGACUGUAUUUUGCACGAGGUUUUGAGAAGCCACAUAAAAGUCAUGCUUAUAAACAAGCCAUAGAGAAACUCAGGACUAAAACUUUAGAUGAAAUAAAAGAAGACGCCGAAAAUGCCGGCGCUGUAGCUGUGUUUCCAGACCUGGCAGAAGAUGUACCAAAAGCUCUGACUGAGGAAAUGAGAUCAGCUGUUACCAGCAUAGAAAUGUCACAGAAACCAUUCAAAGAAAGAUUGGGACUGUUUAUUGAGGCCAUCAAGGGACAGAAACAUUUUAUGGUGCUGGUACGUCUGUAUUGUACCAAAUAUAUGAUCAACUUGAUCACUGUGUAUGAUUAUCAUCCUGAAGAGACAACAGAUAUCCAUGAAGCUCGAGUCUAUGCUAAUGAGGUUUUAUUGAGUGAAGCUAAAGGUCCUAUUAGAAAGACUAUAGAAGAGGAAGUUUUGAAUUUAAUGUUGGAAUCAUUCAAGACAAAGACAUUAGAUGAGAUUAUGGAGAAGGAUGGAAGAUUUAGUCAAGAUUAUCCAACCUACCCUACAUUUGCACGUCAUCGAGGUGUUGGUUAUCAAAUUGAGACCAAUGCUUUCAGACUACGAUUUUCUAUGUUUGUAAAUGAUCUGGCUACAAUACAAGACAGAGAUCCUGCUGAUGUAGUUUUAUUUGAAGACAGUACAUGGGAUGGUAGUUGGGUCAAGAUUCUAGAAGAAAGUGCUACAUUCGCUAGGUUAAUAUUAAAAUGGAUUUGGAGUGUAGAAGAGCCAGGGGAUGCUGAUGAUGAUGAUGAUGAUGAUGAGAAAGAAGAAGUCAUAGAGGAAAAGGAAGAAGGACAAACACAAAAAGACUCAGAAGCUGAAAAAAUAUUGUUCAGUGCUUUAGAUGCUGAUAUUACAGUAAAGAGAGAAGAAAUAGCUAAGGUUGCACGUAGAGAGAAAUGUUUGGUUGUCAAAUGUCAAAUUUUAGUACAAGACAAGUUAAUAGGAGAAGGUUAUGGUACUUUAAAGAAUAAUGCUACUAGAAUGGCAGCAAUGAGGGCUUAUAAGAACUUGAUGGCUACACAAUCUGCUGUUUAUCAUAUCAACCAGAAACAUUCAUUUGCUCAACAUAAAUGGGAAGAUGUACAGAAAAGAGCUAAAGAAUUAAAAGAAAGUUUAUCAGAAGCACCUAAUUUUGACCAUGUUAAAUCAUUAGAUGUUCUACAAGAAGAAGAUAUCGAGAAAGAAGAUGACUUGGCACCAUGGGCUAAAGAAGUUGUGAGAAGGGAUCUUGAGAAACUGUCUCAAGAAGAUAUAUUAUGUCAAGAAGACCUAGUCUAUCUUGAUACACCCAUGUAUAUACGAGAUGUUAUUGGACAUUAUCUCAAUCCAUAUGCAUUGCACAUGAAAAGUCGCUUCACCAAGAACAAACUAACGCGAGUUUCAGUGAACAAAGUGUUGCAGGAUACUGAUGCUAUAGUUAAGAGUCUACUGACUUGUGAUGACAAGCGUUGUAAAGGUUAUGUACUAGAACAAGUGAGGAAGGAUGAUGGCACUGUGGAAGUAUUAAAUACUGUAUCUAAAUUAAGUGAAUCAAAAUUGGCAGCUGCUGUAUCUAGAUUGAAAUAAACUGCUCUGUUGUAUUCUGAAAUUGAUUUGAAAGUUUAAAAAAAGAAAAUACCAAUUAUAUAAAGAUGUGCACAAAUUUGAAAAUUUUACUAAUGAGGCGAAACAAAAAUUAGCAAGUGAUCAAUUUUUUGGUCAAAUUUAGAUUUUCCUUUCGAUGGAAAUUCUUUAUUAACUUUUAGAGAAAAUAGCACCUAAAUUAAUUAGUUGAAAUCAAGAUACAGUCUUUAAAACUUGAGAAAGUAUCUUGAAGAGUAAAAUUUGCCUUAACUUAACAAGAAUAAUAAUUAUGCUUGGAAAUUAAAAUUAAAAAUGCACAGUCCAACUUUAAAAGUUCUGUUUUGUUGAUGUUUUGUAAUUUUCAAAAUGUAAAUCUUUAAAUUAUGUUAUAAUUUACUUCAUUUGUUAGACAAUUAGGUUAAAGUAAUUUGAAUAUAUUGUAAAGAAGUAUUCCUAUAUUUUCAUGUGGCAUUUACAGAUUCACUCGGCACCUUUUAAAAUUUCUUGACCUACAAUUCCACAUAAAAUGAUUUGGAAUUGUGUGUUUGUGUUAUUUAAGAAAUUGAGUCCUGCAAAAAGUUUGGCAUUGCAGAAUAUUAGAAUUGGUGCCAAUUGUAGCUGUAAAUGCUUUGUGUAAAAAUCCUCUGAACAAUUUAUUUAUAUCUUUCAUUUACCAUCUGAUCUAGUGCAUGAACAGUCAAAUUGUGUUAAAAAUAAAAUUCACUCCACUUUUGUGUUGUCUGGAAUUAAAAUAAAAUGAAGUAGAUUUCA